AUGUUGACCACCAGUACAUACCUGAGCCAUAACAUUUGUCAUGGCAUAUGUGACACCCAAUGGGAGUUGGAACAAGGCAAAGUUCUAACUGCACCACCAAAUGUUUUGAUUCAUCAAGAUCCGAUCAAAAGCCCCUUGCUUCUCAAAGCUGUAACAGUGCCAAGCAAAUCACAUCUGGCCAAUACUCUAUAG